AUUGUUAUUAGUUAUUAUCAACGUCACUAGGAAGAUAGUCCGAUCCUAUCCCGGUACCACGAUCGAAUUAGUAGGCAUUCGCCAAGCCGCCAGGCUACUACGACGUCUGGUAGGCGCGAGUGAUUGGUCCUUCUGCACGGAUUUACCGAAACACCCCCAAAACGGCAACCCGUCGUCGUCGUGGUGCUGCCGGGGCCCCGCCGUUAGCCGCGAGAGAUCGCGAGAAGGGAGUUUGGGGAGAUCGGCGGGAGGAUCGGCCUGUUCGUACACGACCAGCACCGGUCACUGGUACGCCGCUUGCUGGCGGCCCAGUGAGAUGGAAGAAAAGUCCUCUGCCCGAUUCUCCGAAUAUCUGUUCGCCAAGAUGGGCGGGCAGGACGUCUCGGCCUCUCAGGGUCCCCGCAAGGUGACCGCCGACACCAGAAAGUGGAUGCGAGAGAACCUGCUACUCUUGGUCACCUUGUCCGGCGUAUUCUUUGGCGUAAUUCUCGGGUUUGGUUUGCGACCUCUGGACCUUGGAGACGAUGCGGUGAUGCUGAUCAGUUAUCCGGGAGAGCUUUUUAUGAGAUUGCUAAAGUUAAUGAUUUUACCUCUUGUAAUCGCCAGCCUCAUAUCAGGCUCAGCGAGCUUAAACGCCAGGAUGAACGGAAUGAUUGCCGUUCGAACUUUGGUGUACUUCAUACUAACGUCCUUACUCAAUGCUGUGCUUGGCGUAGCUCUAGUACUCGUUAUUCAUCCCGGUAAUCCCGGCAUCAGGGAAUCGAUUGGCCAUUCGCAUCAUGCGAGAGCCGUUAACAUAUUAGACAGCCUGCUCGAUCUGGGAAGGAACAUGUUUCCGGACAAUUUGUUUCAAGCAGCUUUCCAACAAGCGCACACAGUGUAUGUCCCGAAAAAGCAACCUUUCCAGAAUAUCACCGAUCAGUUACCAACGGCAGUCUUGGGGGAUGAGGAAUUGAUGAGAGUGGUACAGUACAGAAGCGGCACGAACACUCUGGGUAUAGUUUUCUUUUGCUUAGUCUUUGGUACGUUCCUGGGAACACUCGGCGAGAAAGGUCAGGUCGUUAUAGAUUUCUUCAAGGCUGUGUUCGAAGUCAUCAUGCGAAUGGUCUCAACUGUUAUGUGGAUGACACCCAUCGGCAUCACCUCUGUAAUAGCGGGCAAAAUACUUGGCGUGGACGAUCUGGUACUAGUAAUGUCGCAGCUGGCGUGGUUCAUCGUGACGAUCGCGAUCGGUGUGUUUCUCUAUCAGCUGGUGAUCAUGCAGCUGAUAUAUGCGGCCUUCGUUAGAAAGAAUCCCUUUAAAUUCUACGCCGGCCUGGCCCAGGGUACCCUCACCGCCUUCGCCAUGGCAUCAACGGCUGCCGCACUUCCUGUGACUUUUCGUCUGAUGACCGAGAAGCUCAAAGUCGACCCUAGAGUCACCAGAUUCGUCCUGCCAAUCGGUUGCAAUAUCAACAUGGAUGGUACCGCACUCUUCGUCGCUGUCGCCAGCAUAUUCAUUGCCCAGAUGAAUGGUAUCUUCAUGGGCUUUGGGGAGAUCAUCACCGUUAUUUUGACGUCUACUGCUGCUUCCGUCUCGUCGGCCUCGGUACCAAGCGCUGCGCUCGUCCUGCUGUUAGUUGUCCUAAGCGCUAUUGAUGCUCCCGUUAAUGACGUUUCUCUUUUAUUCGCAAUCGAUUGGUUUGUGGAUCGGAUAAGAACCACCAAUAAUAUGCUAGGAGAUUGUUACGCCGCUGCAGUUGUCGAGCAGCUCUCGAAAAAGGAAUUGAUGGCAUUGGACGCAGCAGCCUAUCAAUCGGAGACUGUGCUGCCAACCACUAUCGCCAAUGGAUGUCUUACCGCCAACAGGGUACCUGAUCCUGACACCGUUGUUGUCGAGAUGCAAGAUGACGCGCGGAUAACGGGGAUCGCCAAGUAAACACGCUUGUUGCUUCGGAAUAUUACACAUGUCGAGAAGUGUGACGGAAGAAACCGUUUGACUAAUGGUUAGUUCGGCGAAGUAAUUUAACAUCGCAGAAUCUCAUCAGCAAAUAAAUUGAUUCUGCCAUCUGUUUGAAUUGUUCAACGAGGAUCAAAAACAUACUUUGCGCCGAAUGCGUGUUUAGUUCUUCUUUUUGUUUUAAACAAUCCUUGAAGUUCAUCAAGAUCUUCCGUAAGGAGUUUUAUAAGACAAGAUAAAAGCUCUUGCGAUUGCUAAUGAAGACUCAAAGAUAUUUAAUGUCAAUAAGAACGGACUACAUGUUACAUGUACAGGUAUAGCAAUAAAAAUUGAAAUUACGAUCGAGGCUUCCAAAGACUCGAAGGUAGCGCAUUUUGCCAAUCGCUAUGACGAUAAUAAUUACACUGGAUAUUGUAUAGGCAAAAAGUCGGGAUAUAAAUCGUUCAACGAUUUUUAAAGGGAUCAGAUUGGAUUAGUAAAAUAUUAAUCCGAUUGACCGACUCACAUUCGAAUAAAUGAUAGAUGAUGAUCGUAGAUUAACGAUACACCCCUAAUAAACCCCGCAGAUGAUCGAUGUUAAAGAUCGUUUCUACGAUCAAUUAUAUAAACAGCAUGUCGAAUGUGGUGCCUUAUUUUGCGCCAAGCAGGCAGGCGCGACGAAAGUAAAAUGUCUUGCCUGAGUUUUUUUUUCUUUUUCGGAUAUACCCUCGCGUGAUAUACGUAUCGCGUGUAAAAUGCCGAUUCCAAUAUAUCUGACGCUUCUCGAUGUGACUUAGAACAUCCUAGCUCCGAAAUCUGAAGAUUGCAGAGCAUGACUGUCAUCAGUGACGCGACGAAUAUAGCUUUCUAUCGGAAAGAAAUUUUUUACGAUGUUUGGGAAGGGAGCUUGAUGUGAUAACUGUUAAGUAGCUAUGUGCAUACUACACAUAUCUAGGAUAAAAUAAAUAAUGUUUUAAUUACCCUAUAAUGUUAUUACUAGAAUACAGUUAUUACUAGGCUACAUUUUAAAGACCGCUCGCUUCGCGUAUUGCGUAUCGAUUACGUCACUGAUCACAAUCCAAAUUAAUGAGAGGAAAAAUUAAAAAAAUUAUACGGUAACAAUAUACGUGUUCAGCAGAGAUUAAUAUAAACUCCACGCUGAAAAUACAGCAAAGACUUAUAAGCGAGUAAAACUUUAAAUAGAUUUUAAAAGCCAUAUCGAUCUAACUAUCGGACCAUUAAUUGAAACUGAUGUAUAGAACUUUCCUAUGUGUUCUGCUUUUGAAAAACGAAUGUUUUUGCGAAAGAGUGCUUAUCGAGAUAGAAAUUGAAACCUUGGACGUGUAUUUUGUUAAAA